AUGAGCUACUCAUCGUCAGACCCUUCGAGGAUAGGCCCUCGCUCACCUUUAUUCGGGACGGCAACAUUCUCGACAGUGGAAACUCCGCUGUCUCCUUCAAGAUACUCUUACACGUCUCGUUCAGGGACCCCUACACCAUCCUCAGACGACAGCGAUGUUUCCUCUGGACGUCAGAUGCGUCGCAUCGUCGUUUCACCACCCCCCUCGACAAACAGAUAUUCCCACUCCGACACCUAUACGUAUUCUGACGACAAUUCCAUCGAUGACGAUCGAGAGGUGGAAGCUGCUUUAAGUGUCAUGGACACCGAGCUCAACAAUGCUGAGGAUGCGCUGACGCAAUGGUCGAGAGGCUCUUCGGUCACGCCGUCCUCUUACUUCUCCGGCUCCGGCACCUCUCCAACUUUCACGACAACCAAUUCCAGUUUUAUUCCCUUCACGAACACAAUUCGCGAUGGUCGCAUACUCAGCACUAUCACCGAACGUACCGAAAACAUUUCGUCUCGUCCAACAUCUCACAAUCUCUCUGGCAUUGGAUCUCGUCCAAACUCAGGCAAUCUAGGUGGUGCACGUCCCAUGCCUAGUCAUGGUCGAGGCGUCACCGAGCCUGCGCUGCCGGACCGCCUCGCACCUCCAAGCCGCCGUGCAGGUGACCUGAUUGCAUUUUUUGAGGAUAAGACAUCUACGGUCGACAGCAGCUCGUCAGUAUCUUUUGGGCACAGUAGGACGCUUUCUGCACCAUCUGGCCCAAGGUCCCCGAGCCCCUACACGAACAGUUACACGAACAGCCAAUCGAUGCCAACGUUUGGUACGUUUACCGGCACGGCCAGCUACGGGUACGGCAGCGUAUAUAGCUCUCGCCCGCCCUCGCCGACGAAAAGUAGGACGACUACCAAUUACACAUCUUCGACACCGGUCCAAGCAGGUGCAACCGCGAGCGGAAGCACAUAUACUGGAUCUGGUAUCAACACGAAUUCAUUUACGACAUCUCAUACCUCAAAUACUAACACUUUCACUGGAACUCCCACGGCGUCGUCCCUCCGCAGACCCCAGACGUCCCCCCGCUCCCCUCUGACUUCUGUCCGGAACAUCGUUGCUGCCUGGAAAGAGCGCACUCCCUCUCUCGGCAAGUCUGGUCGUUCUGGGCCAGGUUCCGUCCCCUCAUCGGCGAGCCCGGCGUCGCCACCAGGCGAAGGUUUCUUCAGUUUGAGGAGGCGUGCUGAGAGGGGUUUGAUGAGAUUAAGGGAUAGGAAUGUGACGGAGGACGACAGCAGCGCUCCUACGAACAGGAGUGAUCACUCCGCCUACGAAAACAGACAGGCCGCUGCACCGGGCACUCCACGCUCCGGGACUAUUUCAUUGAGCUCAAGUGUCAUCCCUCCGCCUUUCGAUUUGGCAGAGCUGGGCACGAUUGCGAGAGCCAACCAAGAGCCUACUCGCAUCGGUCUUCUAUGGUAUCUGAACGUCCAUGCCCCCCCGCCUUACCGAUGGCAGAGAUGUCAAGCAUUAUUGUAUCCGCAUAUGCUUCUCCUGUCGUGGAUCGCUCAAGGGGGAGGAAGAGGAAUCGUUACCCUCGACUUGCUCAACUGCACGGAAGUUCGCUCUGUCCCAUCUCCUACGCAUCCGACGGCCCAAGACGAUGUUGGGACCAUUGCGGCUCGCAUGCAGAGCGCGGAUGCUGAAGCGGAUGGAGGUGGGCAACUGGGAGAGAUGGGCUUGAUGGAGAUGCUUUGCCCAUUCCAAUUAUUGUACGGCGAUGGCGUUGAGAGGCUGGGUGCUGAAUCGGCGAGAGAACGCGUACGAUGGGUCAGUGCGAUCUGGGAGGCUCUUGAUCGUUCUGUGACCAUUCCAGAUCGCUCUGAAACCCACUCCCCUACUGGCUCUAUUCGCACUAUGAGAUCAAUCACAAGCAGCACUCACUCUGGCUCGGGAUCAGCUUCCACGACAUUCGUUCCACCUGUUGACUCUAUCCCCGACCUUUCGGAUUUCCAUUCGAUGUCCGGCUCUAGCUCGGUUGCCAGUUUGUCGCGCGCUCCUUCGCUUCUAUCUCGCAACGGUCGCGCUACGGAUGAUGCAGCGGUAUCCAAUCAAAGCUACCUUUACCCUGGCGAUCCUCGUGUCAUCGCGCCCAGUCGAAGCAGUUCUUUGCGGCGGACGACCUCAAUGACUGACUUAGACGAAGAGUUCGCCUCCGCUGUACGACGAGCAAGAGACGGGCGUCCAGGUCUCGGAUUUGGUCUCGACCUCGUCGGUGGUAGGGUGGUUGGCGAUGGUUCUCCUGUGACAGUGUCGAGUGGGCCACGGCUGGGACGGGAUGUGUUUAUCACACCGCCCCCCAGUGUUGGCAGAAGCGGAGACAGGCCGCGCACUCGCGGCCCUUCCUCCGAAAUAUCUGCGUCCGUAUCCGAUGAUGCCUUCUUCUCCGCUAGCGGUGCUGCACACUCAAAUCCAUCCAGCUUUUAUUCGUUGUCAUCUCUUCCUCCCACUUCGCCGCUUUCGUCUUCUGCCCAUCUUAGGUCUACAACUGAGGAAACCGGGAUUAUGAGUGACGAUGUAUUGUUCGGUUUGACCUCAGCGUCUGGGACUCACAUCGUGCCGUCGACCUUAUCCUACCGGGGCACUGCAUCUGCUUCACAUCUGGGUGACUCUCAUACCGGGACUGCCAAUUCAUCUUUCAUACCGACCUCGCCUUCUCGUACUGGGCUCAGUCGGUCUAGGGUGGUGAAAAGACGGAGUCGGGCGACAUCUUUGACUUUCUCAUCUUCGUACCCAUCGGAGGAGUCUUCUGACAAGGAGAACUCCAGUUAUACCCCGACGCGAUUGUACAGUGAUGGAUACUCCUCUCGGGACAAUGGCCUGAGCACGUUGGAAACUUAUACUAGAGAAAGCUGGACGAGAUCUGGGACGAGCACUCCGUUCCCUUCUACUGAGACACCCCGGGACGAAGAGCCAAAUGACUCGGAUCCGUCAACCGCAUAUGACACUGCGAUAUCACCCUCCAUCAGGUCUGUUUCCGAUAUCCCAACGAUACCUUCCGAGUACGAGACGGCGUCAGAGCAUGACACGGAGUAUGAGACCGCUGCAAAGUCCAUCACCGAGGACGCCUCAACCGAAUUCAGCACAGCAGAAGUCUGCAAGUCGGACCAGUCUUCGGAGUACGUGACGUGCCCGAAGUGUGGUAGCGAGCGCUCUACGGCCUAUAGCACGGCGGAGCUUUGUCCCUCGGAUGCGUCCACCGAGUAUGAGACGGCAGUGUGCAGGUGUCAGGCAGCUGUGCCAGAACCCCUUCCCAAAGAGUUGUCCGAUGUCGAACCAGCAGAGAAGGACUUCAGCAUCGGCAAAGAGCCAUCAGAGUUGAGCUAUCUAGAUCUUGACUUGACAAAGGAAGUCGAAGAGGAACUACAGGAGGAGAGCCUGCAGUUGGAAGAGGAAGAGGAAGAGGAAGACUUCGGGCCAGAACUAGAAGAGGAGCAGGAGCAGGAGCGGAGCGUGUUCGGCCCGUCAGUGACUCCAACGAUUCCGUCUCUCCUUUCAUAUCAGGAUGAGGAGAAACUGCGACCCGAAGAUGUCCCACUGCCUGCAUCGCUCUAUAGCCCUUCCUUACUAUCGAGUGUCGGGCUAUCAGCGCUAGAGUUGGAACCCACCGUCCCAACGCCCUCGACUUUGCAGUCGCUGAGCGACAGCAUGCUCAGCCCGACUCAAGGGCAACCUCCCCUCAGCGAACCUCCGGAAUCUUUCCCUACGACCUCGUUGCUUUCGUCUGUCACCGAGUCUUCUGUAUCGCCCACUCCACCUCAGCCUAUUAGUUUGGUCAUACCGCCUCCGUUAGUGCCUCCGAGCCCCUCCAUCCGUGAAUCUGAAUGGCCGCCAGAAACAGAUAUUUCAUUUGAAUCGUCGAUGCUGCGAGCGUCCCCCUCCGUCCAAUCGGUUGCACCCCCAGAAGGGCCAGAUCUAUCCUUCGAGACAUCUGUUUUAUGGCCGACAGCGUCAGUGGUGUCUUCACAAGACAUCAGAAGGUUGAGCACCAUUACUGAGUCUGUUUCUACACCCUCCUCGUCUGUGACGCCCUCUUCGUCUUCUUCGUCUUCGUCUUCCUUAGUGACUCCUGUCCCUUCUGAAUUACUUCCUGCGCCCCCUGCGCCCCCUGCGCCCUCCCCUGCGUUAUCUCUUGUUACAUCUUCUCCCGCUCCGUCUCUUUUGCGCGUUAUAUCUCCCACUCCUUCUCCUCUCAUACCUGUUCUCUCUACGCCUUUGUUGUCUUCGGUCGUUAUGACCCCCUCCUCGCCGUCUGACCAGCCGACGACCUCACUGCCAACGAGUACAUCAGUCAUUACGCCAUCAUUAUCACAGGAAGUUUCUUCGGUGACCGUGACUAGGACGCCAUCGAGUGUGUCUACGGUUUCUAGCAUCGGCAUGCGGUCUUCCGUUUUUGAUACCUAUUCGCUCAUGGAUUUUCCUCUGGAGGUGCCGUCGACGGAACCAUCUCUCUUGUCUACACAUAGGUCAUCGACAUUGAGAUCACUCUCCCCUGCCGGAAUACCUCUACCAAGCUCCCCAUCUGUGUCUAUCCCAUCUGUCUCGAUGAGCGUGAGCAUGAGCACGCCACACACGGAUAUCCCUUCGAUUCAUUCAAUGUUGGACACAGUCGCAACUGAGGGGCCGAGGGAGAUAUUGACGCAUGAUGUCAAUCGCCUCCUUCAAUAUCUUCACGAACUCGAAGGGAACCGCGAUAGCGCAAACGAAGGCCUUCAUGACCAUAUGCGCGCAAUCGAAAGGGAAAUUGCGGACCUUCAAGAUUAUCUACAUUCUAGAGAAGUUCCUGAGAUGCCGCCGCCAGUUCCUCACAAAGACCGCUCAGUCGGGGGAAGUAGCGUCAUUUCGACUGUUCCUCCUACUCCAAUCAGUCCUCGCAAAGACCGCUCGGUCGGGGGAAGUAGCGUCAUUUCAACUGUUCCUCCUACUCCACUCAGUCGCCGUCUUCCGCUCUCUGUACCCGUAGGCCCUCGUUCAGCAGUUGAAACUCCCUCCGUGCAUGCAUCUCCUCGUCCGACCCCUCGUCCGACCCCUCGCCCGACUCCUCGUGUCAUGCCUGUACCUAGCCCUCGUCUUGUGCCCAUCCCUUUGACCCCUCCACCUUUUCGUAUGGCGUCGCCAAGUUCUUUGUCAUCUAGCAUGUCUUUCUUGUCCUCCCAUCAUUCCGAUGAGUUCAGCCUCAUGGAGUCUGGGCCGUAUGAGAUACGACCAGGCUCUCCGUCUUCUUCGUCUUCUUCAUCCCCUCCGAGCACUCCUUCGUCUUCGUCUGUGGGAUUGCCCUCAUCGGUGAUUUCCGAAUCCGAUCCGACGUCUGGCCUUUAUCUAUCCAAAACCUCGUCAUCUGAACAGCCUACCAUAUCACCCCCGUCAUCGCCUACACCCUCGUCAUCUUCAAGUAGCACUGCACGUCCUCAAGUAGUCGAUCGUGACGACUUGGACGGUCUUCAUAGUCUUCUGAAUGCUCUGAAAGACCAAGCCGUUGGUCUUUGGGAAGGUCAGGUGUCCACGAACCAUAUGCUGGAUGAGCUGCGACGAAGGCGACCAGCAGCCCAGGACAAUGAAGAACUUCUCAACAGACUACAACGAAUUGAAGACAUCCUGCAGCGCAUGACUUCUGAAUCUCGGGUCUAUCCACAGCCUCAACUGCCACGCGUCGAUGCCUCCGAUUCUGAAUCGGAUGCAUCUACAAUUGAUCAGUUGUUGCAUAGAUUUGACAGGCAACGCGAGUCCACGGCAAUGUUCGCCCCGACACCAUUGCGUCCCCAGAGCUCUCUGGACGCACUAAUGGCUGAUUUGCUCAGGCCGGCUCCUCAACCUACUGCGCCUACUGCACAACCCCCUCCUUCGCUUGUCCCGUUGGUGUUCCGCCCAGAUCUGCGUGCAGCUCGGCCCAGGAGUGUCAGCCCGACAGUACAGAUGGACUUACCUCCUCGCCCCAACACUGUUCCUGUUCGAGAAGAACCGGUUAUUUUUGUGCGGCAAGGGCGGAAUAUCCCGCGCGCGAGGCGUCCUCUCAGGAGUGCUCCUCUUGCUCCUAUCCGGGAGUCCUUACCUCCUACACCGGCUUUUACUCCCGCUCGAUUUACAGAACCGGAAACGGACUUUGAUAGGCGUGUCAGGGAGCAACGACAGCAACAAGGUCGCUCUGGCGAUGGAUUUUAUGAUGCAACCCGCCCACCGCGCCCCCCCGCUGGACCUGUCAUACCCUCAGAUUUGCAUGAACCUGGCCGAGCACCGUCGGCCCCCGCCGUUAUGCAAGAUCAACCAGCGACAGAAGGGCCAUCCGUGGCAGUACCUCAAGCGGCUGCUGACCAUACGGGCGUUCCCCCUGUACCGCCUCCAUUCAUGCCUAUGCCACCCGGCCCUACCCUACUACAAUUGCCGCCGAUCUUCAACGACAUGAUGUCUGUCCUUAGAGACAAUCGGCACAUGCACCUCGCGUCUUUGGAUCAACAACGAGAACUGAUGAGAUACAUGACGUCUCUGAAUGACUGGCUAGGAAGAGACGUUCAUGAUCGUCAAGCAGAACUGCGUGGGGUCUCGGCUCGGGUCGAUCAACUGAGAGACGAUUUGGAUCGCUUUGGUGCAGCGCUGCGACCUCAAGUGGUUGUUGGCCAACCGCCAGUCGGUGGACAGCCGUCAGUCGGCGGAGUCCCACCUGGUGGUUUCGUGAUGCCUGGACCCGGAGCGCCACCCCCCCCAGUAGUCCCACAAGGGGCUCCAAGCACUGGUGUUCCUCCUGGAGGGCAAUACAUACCUGGACCAGGAGGGCAAUACAUACCUGGACCUGGCCAGGGAGCUUAUCCCCCUCCUCCAUUCAUCAUGCAACCCGGACAACAGCCGACUCUCGUUGUCCCACCAGUCAUACCAGACCAGCGGACUCCUACACCUGAUGAAUCGCCGGUCAUUCCGUCUCCUCCACUUCCCAUGCCAGGGCAGCCCGUAAUUCCAGAUUUUAGUCCAUACUAUCAGCGGCCACCCACAGGUGUAUAUGAGCCACCUGCUCCUCGAGAUGAUGAUGAUAUCUUCAUCCCGCCCUCUCUAACAUCCGCGCCCUCAUCAUCGGAGCAUUCCCCGGAACGCAUGACAUAUGUUCCGGCUCCCGGUGGUUCCGUUAUUAUCCAGCAGCAGCCUCCCCGGCGAGAAUCUUCACCACGGUUCAGCGGAAGCAGCUCCGGUCCUAGUUCACCUCGCUCUGCUAGGCCACCCAUUUCCUCCCCGUCACCUGUAACUAUCCCGCCAGGACACACGAUCAUACAAGUGCCUUCUGUUAUACCGCAAGCUGUUCCUUCGUAUCAACCAGUCUCUCCCACAGAACCUCGUGUCGGCUCACCUCGGCAUCCUGAUGUCUCCCAACCUGCACCUACUAUUGUCAUCGAGCAGCAGCCAGCACCGCAACCUAGUCCCGGCCCCGCUCCGGGGUUUCAACCUCCACAGCCGAUUAUUAUCCAACCUCCGUCCAUGGGGGGCAUGGGGCCGUACGGACCGGGUGGUUUCGUGCCAGGCGGAGUCGAGCCAGGUAGUUUCGGGCCUGGGAUGCCUCAGCCUACUGUGGUAGAGGUUCGUCCUAGCUCCCGAAGUUCUAGUAGGCACGCCUCUGUUGUGAUGGCCCCUACCCAGCCGUAUGGUUCUCCAUCGCCGAUCACAGUCAUGGUUCCUUCUCCACACGACGAUCGUCAUACACGUCUACCAAGCUUAUUCCGCCAUUCAUCCCGUCGUUCAUCCCCCCAUUCACCAACGCCACAGCCAGGCUUGAUUACAAUUCAACCUGGCAUUCCAGCUACUGGGCCGAUGCUUCCGGGUUACCCUACUGUGCCUAUGACCACCAGCCAUGUGGAAACCCGCCGCCGUCAUGGACGAUCGAGGAGUAGUUCCCCAGCCUCGGACAGGUCGCGUUCUCGCCAUCGCUCUCGCUACGACCGCCGGACGCGAUCAAGGUCACGCUCCAGGGAUCGUCGUUCUCGUCGUCGUCACAGAGCCCGCAGCUAUUCGCGAUCACCCGAUGAGCGUCGCCGUCAUAGACGCGGAAGCCGCGGCUAUCCACGGUCACCUGAUGAUGAUCAUGGUCGCAGGCGCUCCCCUGAAGACCCACGAGAUAGUCGUGGGCGUCAUCGAACUGCUCCUAGUCCUGAUCGCUCACGUUCUCACAGUCCUGGGUAUGAGGGCCGUGCAUAUCCUCAACAUCCUUCACAGUAUGAUUCUCGACAUGACGCACCUAGCCAUGUACCGUCUCAUAUAGUUCCUCAUGUCGAGGAGUUCACUGAACCUCACUCUCCAUUGCCCAUGCAUGUGCCAUCUCAUAGACGGGCUCCAUCACACGGAAUCAGUCGCCCGGGUGGUAGUGAGCGAGAUGUACGCGCUCCUACUGUUAUCGAGGUGGAGCAUCCCGAGCCUAUUCAUGUUCAAGAAUCGGACCCAGGAAUUCCACACGUAGUUCAUACGCAUAGAACGGGUUCUCCGGAGAGAUUUGGCUCGCCAGUAGGACGCCCCAGGACUGAUUCACGAGCCCCAGCUCAUAGAGUGCCUUCGCCCACAUAUCACCCCACUGGUUCGGAAUUCGAGCGCGAAGAGGAACCUGGUAUAACUGAAGAAGAAUUUCGACGGCAACUUGCUGCAUCACAUCCAGACGAACCGUUCAUACCCAUUGUUCCGUCGCAGGCAUCAGGGCGAACAAGACCAGGGCGAUCUGUAGUUCCACCCGAGACCAUAUAUUCUGAAGAGCCUGCAGAACAUCCUGUCCCCAUCGAGCAUAGCCCAGUAGUGCAUGCCGUUCCUUCAGGACCUGGUGACUUAGGAUAUGAAGAUCACGCGAGGGCGAUGCAUGAACGCUUCGGAGAAAUUGAAGGCCGAGUUGAACAUGUCCUUCAAGCAGAGGAAGAAAGGGACCGUCUGUUCCAAGAGGCCGAGCAGAGACGGAACGCCGAAGCUGCGGAACGACAAGAAGAACUUUGGAGACGACUCCAAGAGCGCCUCGCAGGCGCUCUUCCGAGUGCUGCACUACCCGGUAUUCCAGAAUCUGUCGAAGUGAUUUCAGGGCCGGAGCCAGAGCCAGAGCCAGAGCCAGAGCCAGAGCCACCUGAGAUCGCACCAGACGAUUUAGCGGAGGCCCCUCCACUCCCCAUCCCAGGACCUGCACAGGGCGCUGAUGUCGAAUCCAUUCAUGAAUCCAUUCGUGCGUCGCAGGAUGCUGCCCUUCGGCAUGCCGACGAGAUCAGGGAUAUCGUCAAUGAAGAGCGAGAGGAAAUGAGGAGAGCUCGUGAAGCUGCCGACGCUGAACGGAUGGCGGCUCUUCAAGAAGCUGCUCUUGAGCGCCAAAAUUUGGACCAGCAGCGCGUCAUACGCAUUCAGGAGCUUGAGCAAGAGCUGGCGAAAGUUCGUGCUGAUCUCGAUAGCGAACGCCAAUUGCGGAUUUCAGAAGAUGCAGCGAGACGGGAGCAGGAACGGCAUGAAACACUCGAGCGUGACGAAGCUGUGAGGUCUCAGCUCGGUGAUAUCACUAAUCUGGUGCAAGACCAGAGAGAUGAGAUGUCGAGGAAGAGGGAGUUAAUGGAUGAAAGGCAUCGGGAGAAACUGGCCAGGAGAGAAGAAAAAGACGACCAGCUUCGCCAAUUGCAUGAAAUGGUAGCUAGCAUCAUUGCGGACCGGGAAGCGGAGAAGAUCCGACAAACGGACGAAAGAGAACAGGCUGCCCAAAAGCCAGGCAUCGAAGUCGUCCUUGAGGAGCUACGCACCCAGAACGGCCAACUGCGCGAGAUGCUCGAAACUUUCCAUGAGACAUGUACGGAGGACAUGAAGAACCAACAUGACGAACUCUUGGCCACAAUCCGAGCGACGGCCCAAGAACAAGUUCCUUUCAAUGUUCGAGGAUACUUGGAUGAAUUUAGCAAAUCGCUCGCCGCCGAAGUUCGCAUGCUCCUGGCUGAAGUUGGCAAGCUUCGCGAAGAGAGACGGAAUUUGCAGCAUGAAAUGGGUUACCUGUUAUGUAUGCGUAGUAAAUACGGUCCGGGUGGAGAGUUCGAUCCUGAAUGGAAACCGACAACGGGCCCUCUCGCACCUCAACCUCCACCGGCGGAGGUGCCUCAGCCGGAAGUUCUGCCACCGCCCGAACCUGCUCGUACUGCAUGGAGGAAUGUUACUCAACGAAGCGCUCGAAGGGGACGCAGAAGGUCUGAAACUGUGCCUCCGCCGGCCACAGUCCCCCAGCCAGAAAUGCCGCAAGAUUCACGACUAUAUGCGGGCUCAUGGGCGACGUGGAACCCCGAUCCGAAUAUUGAAUAUACUCCCCCACCUGCUCCACCCAUCACAGUAUUGGCUCCUCCAGAACCGCCGCGAGGACUGUUUGGACCUCGCACACCAACGCAAUCCAUGGUCCAGUGAUCCUAAUAUCUUUAUUUAUUUAUCAAAUCUCCUUCAUUUAUGCUUAUUGAUGUUCCUGAUUUGCCACGAUGUUUUGCUUUCAACGAGAUUUCGUUAUGAUUUUGAAGUAUGCUCUUGUCCUCUAUACAGACCAUGCUAUUCUUCGCAUUAUGUUUUUGAGAAAAGAAGGUUCUUUAUCCUC